GUAAGGAGUCUCGGACAUUGAGUUGAGUCGAAGCUUUCGUGCCUGCGUUGAGAAAUUAUGUUUACUAUAAAAGGUACUAGUUCUCAGAUUUAACGCAAACUGCAUAACUAGCAAGGAAGUCUUAUAUACUUCACGGGUUUUUAGUGUUUGUUAACAGACCAAAGAACGCAGUCGACACUUUCCCUGCAUAGCUACAAAUGGAAGUCAACAUCUGAAGAUUCUGUGAAAUUUGGUGCUCGCUUUGGUUUUAGCUCGGCUGAAACUGCUGCAUGUGCCGGAAACCUUAAACUUUUAGAGACGCCAAUAUUUCGUGACGAUAAUGUGACGGGAAAGCUGUCGUGUUACAUACAACAGCGCUUAUGGCGUCCGUUCCAGCCUUUGCCAGGAAGCUAAAAUGGCGCAGCCAACCUCCCAGUUCCAGGACUUCAUAGAAGGAGAUAUGCCGCCCGUCUCUCAGAGUAAAGGAGUUCCAAAGAAAAGCAAGUUCAAACGGUCUGAUGGCAGUUUCUCAGACAGUUCUAACAGCUUCAUCAGACAGGGUUCUGCUGACUCUAACUACAGCCAGCCAUCAUCUGAGUUCUCGCUGGAUGAGGAGCGGGAAGCACUACGCCGAGAGACAGAACGCCAAGCCCUGCAGCAGCUGGAAAAAGCAAAGACUAAGCCAGUAGCCUUUGCAGUCCGGACCAAUGUUUCCUAUGACGGGUCUUUAGAUGAUGACUCUCCAGUGCAUGGGUAUGCUGUCUCUUUCGGUGUCAGGGAUUAUCUUCAUAUCAAAGAGAAAUUCAACAAUGAUUGGUGGAUUGGGAGACUGGUCAAGGAGGGCUGUGAUGUUCGCUUUAUUCCUUCCCCGGCCAAACUGGAAAAUCUUAAGAGUCAGCAUGGUGGAGGCAGUCGUCCAGGGGUGAAAUCAUACCCAAGCAAAACAAGUUCUUCUUCCAACAUAGAUAUCUUGCUGAAUUCCAAACCAUCAAAUUCUCGAGGUUCCACACCGCCCACACCUGGCAUUGAGGAUGCUCAGAAUGGAUUGGAUAGUAAUGUGGGAGAGGAUAGUGACAGUCUGGGAAAUUCCAAGUCAAGCAAAGCAAGCAUUACACCUCCUGCUAAAGAGAAGCGUAAACCAUUCUUCAAGAAGUCUGAAAGUAUACCCUAUGAGGUUGUGCCUUCCAUGCGACCAGUUGUUUUGAUUGGGCCCUCUCUCAAGGGUUACGAAGUGACUGACAUGAUGCAGAAAGCACUGUUUGAUUUUCUCAAACACCGGUUUGAGGGAAGGAUUAUCAUUACUAGAGUCACUGCUGACAUUUCGCUGGCGAAACGCUCAUUGCUUAACAAUCCUAGCAAGCGAGCAAUCAUGGAGCGUACUAAUCCUCGGUCAUCUGGACUUGUUGAAGUUCAGGCUGAAAUUGAGAGAAUCUUUGAGCUGGCUCGCACGCUACAGUUGGUUGUGCUGGACUGUGACACCAUCAACCAUCCUUCUCAGCUAGCCAAAACGUCUCUUGCCCCAAUUGUCGUCUAUGUCAAAAUCUCUUCGCCAAAGGUGUUGCAGCGCUUAAUCAAGUCUAGAGGCAAGUCGCAGAGCAGAAACAUGAACGUGCAAUUAGUGGCUGCUGACAAACUCUCCCAGUGUCCACCUGAGAUGUUUGAUGUUCUGCUGGAUGAGAACCAGUUGGAUGAUGCAUGUGAGCAUCUGGCGGAAUACCUGGAGUCCUAUUGGAGAGCAGCUCACCCACCUUCCAUGACACAGCCAUCACCACACACCGUUCACCGAAGUUUGCAGUCUCCAGGACCUCUCUCCCGCCACAACACUAUGCCUCCACAAGUGGCACAUUCACAUAGCUUGGAACGCCACCCCCGCUCCCCUCCUGAGGAAGAACACCCCCAUGGCUCAGACUUUGAAAGGGACUCGUACCACCGCCGGACACACCAUGGUGGAAGUGGCGCUCACUAUGACUCGUACUCACAUGAGCAUGAGGGUCGCGAGGGAAGACCACAUGAUCGGCAUGGGGGUCGUGAUCAUGAACAUGCAGACCCAAGGGACAAGCAUGGCUCCCCACGAAACUCCAAGUAUCCACCUAUACGCCAGGGCAGUAUAGACAUCUAGCACUGUAACUGCUAGGCACACAUAGCCUGUUGUAUUGACUUCCACACCGGACAGGUGUUUCCCACAGGAACACCAUGAGCUUUACCACAGACACCAUGGUUCCACCACCACAACUACUACUAAAUAUUUACCAUCUACUGAAUCCUUGCCACCAAGGCAACCCCCAGCCCCCAGCCCCCAGCCCCCAUCCCAGCUGUACUUCAUGCUUAUUGGACCAGCUGGUAAUCCUUCUACUCUGCUGUGAGUGUGGCAAUGUCGUGUCCAGGGUGGUAGAUGCACUGUGGGUUCCAUGCUGUGAAAGAUCCUGAAGAUUUGGCAUGCAUGGCUUCCUGUCCUAUAUAUAGCACAGACCAUGAGAAAGCUUGUCAUCAUUUCACCUUUAUUUCCCCCACCCCACACCCUCUUGAUCUUGUUUGAACUGGUGUGUGCGUGUGUGUAUAUAUAUACAAAGCUGCUAGAUAAUGGAAUCCUGUACCCAAGUGUCUCACAGUUUGCUCAAUUCUGGGAAUGCCUUCAAGAAAAGAUUGGGUAUGGAAAACCUUAAAAUAGAUGGCAAGGAAUUGAGCGUCAGCUUGCUGAAUGUGGGACUGUGGUAAUGUUUAUCCAGCUGGGCGUGGUCAGUUGAUCUGCCUGUCUUCAGCAGUUAUACAAUGAACUGCAACAAACAAAUGAACAAGCACGGAAGGAAGAAGUGGUAGUGAUGAAGAAGACAUUAAGCUGAGCACAGACUGGUGAAGAGAGUGAUGGUGAGAGUGCUGACAAAGUGAUGGGUGAAAACAAGAGGCACAAUUCAGUUACUAUCAAAAGGGCCAGUAAGCUUUUAUGGUAUCCAGCAUGGAGUGUCAGGAAAAAAAAAAGGCUGCACAGAACCAGUCUGUGGCAACCUUAUCAACAAUGAUACAGUAAUAUUUUGAUGCAGACAUUCAUGGGACUAGUGUUGGAUAAUUUUUUUUAAUUUACUUCCAGCACCAAAGCACUAGUUAUGUAGACGGAUGUUUCUGCCAUAGAUUGGCAAGAAUUAGGUGCAAGUGCACUGAUAACACUGCUGUGAGAUUGAAGUCUAUAUGUUGUUGUUGUGGCAGGCAUCCAUUGGUGAAUCUCAAGAUAGGAAUAGAGUGCGUCUAAUAACCAGGGGCUAGAUGAUACAUUUUCUUAAACUGUGUUUUAAAAAAACACAAAAAUAGUCCAGAAAAGUGAUCAAACAUUGGAUGCGAAACCCGAAAAAAAGGUAAAAGGUGGAGCAGUUUAUACCCCCUUGUCCCAUUAAUGCAUCACCUCAUCUAGCAUGCCUCCAGUUCUCUCCAGCUGCCCCUGAAGAUGUCAUUGUUUUCACUAUUUCAUGCAUUUGUAACAUUUUGGUUGAUAUUACUUGAUCAGCGAGUGAUUAUGAACCAGUUUGCAUAUUUGCAUCUCCCUAUUAUAUAGACUUGAACAGUUAGAUGAAUGGGGUAUUUUUAAAUCUUUGUAAGCUGUUCAUUUUUUAACCCACCCAUCUAGAAUACCUCCCCUGUCCCCUUCCAUCUGUUCUUUGAAUGAAAGAACAGUUUGGAGAUCUGAUGAUGUGCAGCGCCUUUUGUUCUGUUCAAGGUAACUCUUGACCAGUGUGCUUGUCCUAAUCAGUGUAGUCACUACAUUGAUUUUAUUUGUUCCGGUUUGGUUAUUACAGUUUGGUUAUUAAUAUUAUCUGCUUUGGCAGUGCAGGCAUUGCCGAAGAAUUUUGAGUCAAGCAGGCUACUGCUUCCAGUAUAUUUCACAGCUGUCUCCUGAUCAGGCUGUAAUGGUACAUUUUAGUGCACCAGAAUUGAACAUUUACUGACACUUAGUAUAUGGCUUUUAGUUUUCAUAUUUUUUUAUCCAUCGUGUAAUAAACAUGAGAUGCAUAAUGUAAGACAACAGCAGUUAGUUUUGAAACAAUCUAUCCAGAGACCUAAAAUUAGAUUUUUUCUUUAAUUUCAAUGCUAAAGAAAGUCAUCUUCCUUGUUAGUAAAAGAAAAUUUUUAACUGACUACAUAAAGACUAAAUACAAAGAGAAACUGGAUGCCUAGUGCAUUAUUUAACCUAUGUCAGUACAACAAAUGAUUUAAACCUUCCUCUUCCCUCACGCUCCUACUUAAAAAAAAAACCAAAAUGGACACAAAUGCCCAUCACCAAAAUCCCAUUCCACCUUUUUUUUUCUAUAACACAUUACAAGUUCUGGGGUGGAGUAGGCUGAAGGAUUUCUCACGUUAAGCUAACAUGUCAUUAGAAUCAGGGAACAAAAACAGUCCACAGUUGUAGAACUGAUUUUGCCAUUAAAAAAAAUAUUGGUAUUCAUAUGAUUUUAUGACAGCAUAGUGAUCAACAAAAGAGGAGCAGGAGUUGAUAACUUGAAACUGUUGGCCUGCUAGACUCGUAGUUGAGCCUGUUAAGCUCUGCAGAAAGUAGCUUUGGUUGGUGUGAAUUUUUUUUCCAAUUUUUUUAAGCUGAGCAUUUUGUGCCUCCAGUAUUAUGGUGUAUAUAUUUAUUUUCUUUUUUCUGAAGUGUUUCUCUCUUCAUGUCUUUCCUCCCUAACAGUAGGCCUCUGUGAACAUGCCCUUUAUUUAUUAUUAUUCAAUUGUUUUUUCAUUUUUUUUAUACUUUGUCCUUUUUUUAACAUUUCAUUUAAAGUUUAGCAGGUUUAGUGGCCUUAUGAUGUCUAAAAUCCAAUAACUUUCUCGCUGAAAAGCAUGUGUUGAACAGACACUAUGGUUACAUCUCAUUCAAAAAUAAUUAUGGAAAGCAUUUGGUAGUAAUUCACUGUUGGGAGAAAAAUCAUUGGUAUAUCUUUUUUAAUGUUUUGCCAGAACAUAGAUUCUCUUUUUUUUCUUAUAUUGUAAGGCAAGCCUCCACCCUUGUCUGAUCUAAUCACUUCUGGUUGUGAACUCCAGUGCUCUGACCAGUUGUCAAAUCAAAAACCAGAGGGCGCUAGCACAGUGGAAAGAAUGAGAGAGUGGGAGAAGGGUGAGCCCAUCCAAUCGGUAUACAUGAUGUUGCAUGCCUGCAUAAUAUAAUAUUGAGUUGGCCUUGGUCAUCUGCGCUGGUCAUGCGUUAAGAUUGUUACUUAAAAAAAGAAGUUUUGAAAGCAGUUGUUGCAAUCACCAUAAUGCCGAGAGAAUUCAGCAUGUGACUUACAUGUAUGCAUUGUUUGGUACCAUGUUGCUGCUUACCCUGUGCGAAUGGGUUGUAAAAGCCAUGACUGAGAACAGAGAUAUUCACCUCAUGGCAGCGGCUGUCCCUGCCAAGCUGCACAACUCUAUUGCCAUUUUUCUGAGAGAAAUGGUAUUAUUCAUUUUCCUUUAUUGAGGUGUCUUGUGCACACUGUUAACCAUUUUUACAUACUUCUGAUGCAUGUUACUGAAAAUAUUGCCCACGAGCAGUUGUGUGAUGGUAAGAGUGGUGGAGAGAGAGUGGGUGUUUCAGUAUGUGCAUGAGUGCGCUAUUGAGUGCGUACCUGCAAAUGUUGACUGCAUGCAAUUGUUCAUGCAUGCAUGUUUUUAAGAAGUUUUUGAAUGUUGUGGCCUCCGACUUUCAGUGCAUGCAAGGCUCUUUUUUUUCUCUCUCACACCUAUCACUGAUGUUUCUGCAUAACCCUCUUCCAUAUUUGUGAGUGUGUUUAGGUUCUGUCCUCUUCUGCAGUUUCUCUACAUGUGACUGCCAGGUGAAAGGAUUGUUUUUGUACCAUGUCUUUCAAUCUUGGUCAUUGACAGUUUUUCUUUCACCUACUUGGUAAUAUAUUUUCAGUCUCUGCAGUCACUCCUCUUUCUCUUUUCCCCUACAUAAUUGCAUGGACACGCAAAUUAUAAGUACAUCUUCGAAUGGUAACAUCCAAAGAUGUCUGUUGUUCAGACAAAAACUGUUAAUAGUCUGCAGAGGGCUUGCACAAUUUUACAUAUUUAUAUAUUAAGCCAUAUAUUGAUGGAGAGAUGAAAAUUAAUUCAGUUGUUGCAUCCAGUUUGAAAUUGGAUAGCAAGCAGCUACUUGAACCUUUUCUAUAUUGUCAUCUUACUACUAACUGAUGUAUUGAUGACCUGUUUCCAAUAAUAUAAUGAUUAGUGUUAAUAUUUCAUUGAGUCUUUAGGAUUUGAGACAGGUUUUUGUACACAAAGUAACAUAGGUUUCAGUGUUACUGAAAGUUGGUAAAGGCUUUCUGUGACUGGGAAAAGCUCAGGAAGUUUGGGACUAAGUCUUUCUUCAUAAUAUGUUAUAGUAGUAGCUGAAAGUAGGUUGUAGCAGUCUCCUUAAGAAAUACACUGCAUUGAUGCAACUUAGCUGGCAAUGAAUAUUAAAAAGAGGUAAAACUUUUUCACUGGGAUAAGUUCUUGUGCUCUGCAGCAAGCUGUCUUGUGACAACUGUGGCACACGUUUGUAACAUUGGUGGUACGCUAUGUGGUGUACUUGCAUGUAUGAACAUAGAAAGUGCAGUUCCCACCAGCUGUUCUCCAUCCCCUAAUUUUCAUUCAUAAGGACAGAGGAUGAUGGCUUGCUAGUUGCUGAAACUUUGUGCUAGAGAUUGGUGAUGGGUUUUAAGAUAAAGAUGGUUUGUCUGUUGAGACUUCAUUAGAUUCCAACAGGAGCAUCCAGAGUUCAGAUAGGAUGAUUCUGUAGGUUUUCUCCAUUUAAAUGGGCUGUGCUGCACUCUGCCAUAACUUCUUUAAAUCACCACACCACAGGACUGCAGUUUGCAGUUUAAGUCUUUUAACAUUUUUUUCUUUCUCACACCCACCCCAUUUCAAGAUGGACUCCACAAUUUCAGAGAACAAAUAACCUAGUCUUUAAAAAAAAUGCAUUUUCCCACCUUUUUUUCCCGACAGUUUAACGUCGGUUUCUGUGCAUAUGGCCUGAACACUAAUUGGGAUGAGGGUUGUAACUUAUAUAUCCUGUAGAUGAAUAAGCAUUUUGAACUUGACGAUUAAACAUUCAGUGCAAUUCAUUUCUGAACUAACCAUUCAGUUUCUAUAGUGCAAUAUUUUAUCACUCCAUAUUACUGGGGAUUUUUCUUUUGGAUUGUUUUUUGGUGUGUAGUAAUAUUACUUCUUUUAUUAUCUUCACCUUUACAUUUUGUGCUCUACCUCUGAAGUCACUUGAAAUUUAGACUUCUGGGAAGCCAGACAUGGUGCAAUAUUAUAUACCAACCAGCUGAGGAAGCCAGGCAUGGUGCAAUAUUACACACAAACCAGUUGAGGAAAUUGAAAAUGUUGUUUUCCUUCUCCUUUCUGUACUUUACAUUACCUUCCCGGCUGUGAUCAUAAGAUCUGUAAGGGUUUUGUGCAAUAUGAACAUCCAGAGGUUGAUAAACCAUUUUCAGUUCUUUGACUAAAGUAGCUGUAUAUUUUAGACGCUGAUACACAACUCAAAACCUCUUUUCAGAGACAUAAAUGUUGCUGUUCUCAUGUAAUAGACUAUGGCCCAUCUAACGAGAUUUUUUUUUUCUUUUGGCAAAAAUUAUCCUGUAACUUGCUUAGCUUUAUACAGUGUCUGCUUGAGACACUCAAAAGACACCCAAAAGAAAUGUGUAUAUUUUAAUGCCAUAUGUUAAGGUUAGACAGUUUCAACACAUUUUCUUUUAAAAAAGACAGUUUUUGUAAUUCAUUUACUUUUUCCUCAAAAGAAAUGAGACAAAUGCUAUUUUAGGUAUUUAAUGACUUGAUUAAGAGCUGUCUGUACUGAUGUGUUUGAAAAGUAACCAGAAAAUCUCAAAACCAGCAGGAAAAGCAUAAAAUGCAUGUUUUGGAUACAGAUCAACAUUAAACAGGGUAAAAUAACAAUGCUAGAACACAAAAGUGAUAAAACUAACCAUUUUGUCAGAACCAGCCAGUUAAAUGAUGUGAGCAUUUAACAGAUCUUUAAAAACUAUUGAGAAUUAUUUUUUUCUUUUAGAAUUUUCAGAUCUCUUAAUCUGGAUUCAUUACUCAUAAAAUUAAUGUCAUAUUUCAUCACCAGAAGUUCCCAUGUUACUUUGUUUUCAAAACAAAAGCCAAAGACAUGGUAAUUAUUAAAAAAUAUUGUUUUUAAGACUUUAGUGGGUUUAUUGUCAGAGAAAAAAAAAUGAUUGUACAUUUUGUUUGGACUAGGUUUUUCAACAAGAGAUGGUACACGUUCCUUCCAUUUCCUUUUGCGCAGUUAUGUGCACUGUUUUGCACGUUGCCAGCAUCUGCAUGCUGCCUGAUGGUUUUGACUAUAUGAACACAGACCUUAACCAAAAAAGAAAAAAAAGGUAACUAUGACUAUACAUAAUGAUUAUAUUUAUUGUAUGGGGCCAUUCUGCCCCGCCUUGCUCCUUUUUGGUUUACUUCACCUCCUCUUUCAAGUUGUUGGAUUUGUAAAUAAAGUUUUUAUCUCCUAAAUCAA